AUGGUCAUACGAUGGAAUACAUAUGCGCACCGAAGCCAGAGACGGACACGACGAUGCGGGAGAGUGUUCUUGAGCAGGAUGAAUCUAUCGACGUUAUCAUUAAGAAAGUAGACAUAGACACUGAAUGUAAUUGAUAGAUGAUCAUGCUCCACUUCGAGCUUGGGCACAUCCAUCAAUGAAGGGCAAGUAGGCUUUUCUGUAGCUUUAAGUGUUUCUGUUUUUAGUACCGUUUGUUAUGGCACAGAAACGCAACCAAGACAGAACGACCUCUAAUAUCACAACAAAGCGAGGAGGAACGAACUUACUUGACGGCUCGACCUCUCUUGACGGCAGUACCGCCACUGGAUUUUCAGACGGCAGCAGCCAGGAGGAUGAAAAAAUUGUAAUCUUCACUUCACCAUAAUCUUCUCUAUGUAUUUUGUCCUUCAUAAUCAUAAUCAUAAUCAGCCAUAAUCUAUCUAUCAUAAAUAAUUACGCAGCACUCACUCUGAAGACCUGAAUGAUUCAACACACGACCCAUCCAGAUCACUGGGAAAUCCAAGAUUAUGCGCUACGGCAGUGUAUAAGUUCCUUGCCAUGCCUUUCUCCUUCGCUUUUCCGCAUGGUCGCAAAGAACGUGCAUAGAACAGGAUGUCUCUUUUGACGCCGCAGAUGAAGAUGACCUGGGGGCAAUCGAUUCGAAGGAGUCGAGCAGCCAGUGUGCGAGUGUCGAAGGAGAGGGAAAUAAGACGUACUAGCCAGGGUUAGACGUACUUGAAUUUUCAGCAACAUCAUGAUUUAGACGUGCUAAUCUUUAGUAAUUAAAUUUGUAUUUGUAAUUGUAUUUUUUUGAUUAUAAGAGUGCUACACCUACUACUAGAAGUUCCACCAAUAUGCACCACAGUCCUCGUCUUACUUACUUGUUUACAUCCAUGAUCUACAUAUUAUCGCAUAGUAUUACUUGUUUACAUCCUCCAUGAUCUACAUAUUAUCGCAUAGUAUUACUGGUUUAUAUCCGUGAUCUACAUUUUAUCGCAUAGUAUUACUUGUUUACAUAUACAUCCUCCAUGAUCUACAUAUUAUCGCAUCCAUAGUAUUACUGGUUUACAUCCAUGAUCUAAGUACAUAUUAUCGCAUAGUAUUACUGGUUUAUAUCCGUGAUCUACAUUUUAUCGCAUAGUAUUACCUGUUUACAUCCAUUGACGUAACAAGAAGAACAAGAAGAAAAUGCAUCAACAUGAAGGACAAUAAUCAAAAGUUCGGUAUUGUUAAACAGAAAAUUACCAGAGCAGAGUCGAACAUUUGCAUGUCGCUGAAACUGAAGAGGCCUCGGCUCUCUGUUUUAAGAUCAAGACGUAUAGGUACUUAUACCAUCUUGCACUGAAGAAAUAGGAAAAAAAACAACGAGUACUGCAGCCAAUUUCUUUACAGGGAGGAGUUUGUUUAGUAAAAAUAUAGUGCAACACACACAGAUCAGUACUAUCAACUAAAGCAACACAAAUUUGAUUAAACUAACACCACUCCUCUCAACGGAUUGAAACUCUUGUGAGAAGGAAUUGGUGAAACCUCUCCUGCGUCCUAACGCACGAUUGGAAACCUCUAGGGCAGGUAAAUGAGUCGUGAAUGAAUGAAUCUACACAUUAUCUCAUAAUUCAGCAGAUGAAUACAGAACCAUGUCUAUUUCUAUCAUUCCAUUUACUUACAUUGCGAAAAAAAGAUACUGUCUGUUGGAAAGUGUCUAUCCAUGAUCAUGGAAAGGGGAAAUCUCGUUGAAAGGUAGAAAGAUCUUCAAAGCAUUAUAUGGAAUAACACUACGCCAAAAGCGAACAUAGAAAAGGGCUUUUUUUUUUGCGUUUUUUGUACCUUAUUCGUCUCAGAAUCGAAGUUUUUCAUUUUGAGACGAAUAUUGCCCAGCUGAUCCCUGGGCUUCAUGUGCGUUUUUUGGCUAAAAAACCACUUUUCUAUGUUCGCUUUUGGCAUGGUGUUACUCCAUAAAGCAUUAGCAUGAAAACGCAUGGAUGCGUGAUAAAUGAAAGUAGUUACACAUUAUAGAUUUAACUGCAUGAAGAUUAUUAUUAUUAUUAUUAGGAGAAGGAUAGACGGUUAUCCACAGACCUACAGACGGCCCGGCGGGCGGAAUCUGAAGCACAACGACGCGUUAGGCAAAUACAGGAGAGUCCUAACGAGAGGCGCCGCGGUCCGGGUGCGUUUGCCGGUGCCGUCAUGGUAAGUAAGAAGAAGCCAGAGACCUCGAACCAACACCGAAAAAGGGUAAGCAGGUGCAGCGGUGAAGAAAGCAGAGAAACAUCGUCGGGGGCAUUUAGUCGAAAGCCGGUGCGCCGCGCCAAGGCAGCCCGAAGUUGCCUAAAAAUUGAAAAUCAAAUGUAUCUAAUAUUAUAAUUCUUAAAUGAAUAAUUGUAUGUAGAUGAUCCUGAUCGCUUUUGUUGGCAAUAUACUGUACUAAAUACAACAAACAGAAACAACUACAGAGUUACUCAAUCAUUACACGAUCAUGGGAAAAAAGUUGUACGAUCAGCAUAAUGUCUACUAGAUCAACAUCAUAGAAUCGAGAAUGGUUGUACUUGUAAAAUUAUGGAUAGUUUGAAUUACUUUACUAUGACGCCGGGAGAAUUUGAAAUCGAAUUGCGAUUGCUGGGUAGUUGACCAAAGUCAAAGAUGUCGUAAAAAACUACAUAUUAUAUGUGAGCAAACUACAACCGAGGAGAGCGAAGCGCCACAUGUCAUCACGAGACAGAAGCACAAACGCAAGAAGAGCUCCUCUUGCCUCUAACUAUCUUCGGUAACACUCACAUUCACAAACAGCUACCUCUUCCAAUAUGUAUCUUCGUUAAGGGUAAGACGUCAAAGCAGAAGUAGAAGAAAGGCUGCAUGAUAGAAGACAGAAAAAGAAGAGCUAAACAGAUACAAGGCGAUCGGAAAGAAGAACGAGAAGUGCAUCGGUUGUGAAAAUGUCGAACAUUUAUA